AUGGAGAUGAUGAUGAACCUCUUUUUGUUGGGCCUGGGGCUUGUGUUUCUCCGGCUAUGGCAGCGCGGUUCCCGGUGGGUGAGCGGUGGCAGUGGUGGACGGAAGAAGCUGCUGCCGGGGCCGCCAGCGUGGCCAGUGGUGGGAAACCUAAUCCAAGUGAUCCUCCAACGUCAACACUUGGUGUUUGUAGCACGUGAUUUACGUGCAAAAUACGGUCCAAUCUUCCGCACGUAGAUGGGGUAGCGCACUCUCAUAUUUGUCUCCAGCGCUAACCUCAUCCACGAAGCCCUCGUCCAGAGAGGCUCCGAGUUCGCAACCCGACCUGGCAUCUCCCCAUGCCGCCUCCUCUUCAGCAAUUGCGACAUCUACACUGCGGAGUACGACCCUCUCUGGCGGACCCUCCGCCGGAACUUGGUCACUGAGGUGAUCAACCCAGGAAGGAUAAGGAAGUGUAGUUGGAUCAGGAACUGGGCCAUCCAGUCUCAUCUCGACAGGCUCAAAUCUGAGGCUGUUGCGGCGAACAACGUUGUCCAUGUCUUGAGCAACUGCAGGCUCACCAUCUGCACUAUUCUCACAUGCUUGUGUUUCGGGACGGAAGUAUCCGAGCCAAAAAUCAAAAUGAUCGACAACUUGUUACUACAAGAGAUUAUGAUCAUGACGACACGAAUGCUGCCGGAGUUCUUCCCGGCACUCGCUCCUUUUUUGUUUCGCGGGCAGUACAGUGAAGCCAGGGAGUUGAGGAGGAAGCAGAUGGAGUAUUUGGUUCCAUUGGUAAGAAAAAGAAAAGCAUUUCUUGAUCAAAGUAUUAAUGGUUCUGAUGAUCAUGAUUGUAUGAUGAUGGUGAGCCCUAAGGGUGCUGCGUAUAUUGACUCCUUGUUUGAGCUGGAGGUGCCUGGAAGAAGAGAUGGCCGGCUGGGAGAGGAAGAGCUAGUGACGCUUUGCUCCGAAGUCAUCAUUGCCGGCACCGAUACUGCUGCUACCGCGUUAGAGUGGGCUUUCCUUUAUAUGGUGAUGAAUCAAGAGAUGCAACAAAAGCUCUACAAUGAGAUUGUGGAAUGCGUUGGGGGAAAAUAUGGUGAAGUUGUUGUCACAGAAAGCGACGUGGAGAAGAUGAGCUAUCUUUCUACGGUGGUGAAAGAAACGUUUCGCAGACACCCGCCCUUCCACGUCGCUUUACCGCGCGCGGUGGUGAAGGAGACUGAGCUGGGUGGCUACACCAUUCCGGCGGAUGCAAUUGUUGAGUUUUACCUUGCAUGGGUUACGGAGGAUCCGGAUUUGUGGGAUGACCCGGGUAAGUUCCUACCCGAGAGGUUCUUGGACGAGGACGGGGUUGACGUGGACAUCACUGGGACGAAAGGGGUCAAGAUGGUGCCGUUUGGAGCGGGAAGGAGGAUCUGCCCAGCGUGGAAUAUGGGCACUUUGCAUGUGAGCUUGAUGCUUGCUCGGAUGGUGCAUGCUUUCAAAUGGUUGCCGGUUCCGGAUGCCCCACCCGACCCGACUAAGAGUUUUGUUUUUACUGUUGUGAUGAAGAACUCUCUCAAGGCCAUCAUUUUGCCUAGGUCAUCAUCUUCAUGCAGCAUCUAAUGCUUCAACUCCCACCUUGCU